AUGGCAGCUGCUUCAUCAUAUAUUGCUUCAAUAAAACUUCCCAACUUUUCUUGGAAUAUUGGAAACAAAAGAAUCCCACCAAAGAGAUUUAACUUCGGCAUUUCAGCUCAACAGCAAACUGAAGUGCAAGAAUCAGAGGAACUGAAGUUAGAUAAUGAGCGAGAAGACCAAGAUCAAAUGAAGCAACAAACACUAAGGCCUGUUGAAGCUCAAGUGAAUGUCCAGAACAAGAACUUGUCAAGAGAAUAUGGAGGGCAAUGGCUUAGCAGUGUAACCAGGCAUGUUAGGAUCUAUGCUGCCUACAUCGACCCUGAAACCUGCGCCAUGGAUCAAACUCAGAUGGAUAAACUUACCCUUAUUCUCGAUCCAACUGAUGAAUUCUUGUGGCCUGAUGAUACCUGCGACAAGGUUUACGCAUACUUCCAAGAGCUCGUCGAUCACUAUGAGGGUGCACCUCUGACAGAAUACACACUGCGCCUCAUUGGUUCAGACAUAGAACAUUAUAUAAGAAAGAUGUUGUAUGAUGGAGAAAUCAAAUACAACAUGAAUUCAAGAGUGUUAAACUUCAGCAUGGGAAAACCGCGGAUGAAAUUCAACAGCAACGAGCUUCCAGAUGUAGAGUAAUAGCAAGCAUCAGUUGACGCAAACCAGUCAGAUUUUCCACUUUCUCAUGUUGAAUCAAAACACCAAUUUCUUCAUCAUCAACAUAAUCCAAAUUGUUACUUUCUUUCUCCAAUUAUACUUCACCGACGAACAACUCCAAUUGUACCUCACAGCCGCCGUCGAACCCACGCCGCCACACAGCAGUGCACGAUGUUGUUGACCGGUUGAGAUUAUUAUUAUUAUUUUAUAUUAAUUUAAUAUUGAAUGUACAGCUGGCACUAGUUAGUUACAGUUUGUUAGAAGGUUGUUACAACUUGUUGUAUAAAUAUGGUUCUUAUCUUGUCUGUUAACACAGAUUUUCAGUAAAUAAAAUCUAAGCUUCCUUCUUGCAUUCUCUCUAUAUAUUUCCUUUUCUCUCUAAUUACAUCAGCUGAUGUUGAUGAAAAUCAUCAUGGUAUCAGAGCUAUGGAACUCUGAGUCAGUUUUUCGCAUUUUUUUCACUGAUUCUUCCUGAAUUCUUCUUAAUUUCUUCUUUCAAUCUUCUUUUUCUUUCUCAAAUCAUGACAAAUUCUUCUGAUUCUACAGCAAAAUCAGAUAUUGUUGUAUCUAGUUACAAUGAUCCUUAUUUUCUGUCAAAUGGUGAUAGUACUAAUCAUUCUAUCACAAAUCAUACUUUUAAUGGCAAUAAUUUCAUCAAUUGGAAUCGUGUUGUUAGAGUUGCUUUGAUUGCGAGAAAUAAACUCGGAUUUCUUGAUGGAACCUUACAAAAACCAGCUAUUGAUUCUGUUGAUUAUCAUAAAUGGAUUCGAAAUGAUCAUAUAUGGUAAUGUCAGGGCUUUCAAAUUAAAUGGAGAAAUCGAUUGCUGAAAAUUUCCUAUUUACUGAUUCUACUUAUCAAUUCUGGAAUGGAGUAGUUGAAAGGUAUGGCCAUACAAACAUUCCUCAGUUAUACAAUCUUUACAAACUUUGAUGAAAACUGAACAAGGCAAACAAUCAAUUUUUGAAUAUUACAGUAAAAUGAAAAGAGUUUGGGAUGAGAUUCAUGUUUUAGAAGGAUUUCCUGAUUGUUCUUGUGGUGCAAUUGCGAAAUGUAGUUGUAAUUUGUUGAAGAAAAUUUUAGAAGCUUAUCAACGCAUGAAACUCAUUCAAUUUGUUUCUAGAUUGAAUUAAGAUUAUGAUUUAUCUAGUCAAAAUCUUCAACAAGUAGAGAGACAAAACAUGAACAAUUUAAAGAUUGAAAAAGUUGAAAUGAGUGCUUUAUUAAUUAGCAUCUCAAGCUCCUACUCGUCAUAAUUAUUCUGGUGGCCAAAAAAUUUCUGGAAUAAGAGAUUCUAAGAGGAUGAAAUCUGACAGAUUAUGUGAUCAUUGUAAGAUGAGAGGUCACACUAUGGAAAGUUGUUUUAAGCUUGUUGGAUAUCCGGAGUGGUAUUCCAAUUUGAAAGGUAAAACUCAGCCUAAAAUGGCUACUCAUGUUCAAGAAGCUGGCAUUUUAGGAAAUUCUCCCUUGGAGUUUGAGAAUUAUGGAUAUUCUAUUGGUUCCAAUUCUUCUCAUGCUGGAACUACUUCUGAUGCUGAUGGCAUGUAUUUUGUUGUGAUGAAGAAUAUGUUUAAGGAAUUUUUUAAGAUGAUGCAAACUAAAUCUGGAGAUUCUUGUUUUCAGAAUUACACUGCGGUUAAUCUUGCAGGUAUUACUUAUGUCUCUAAUGUUGCUUCUUUAGCACAUGAUUUUGAUUCUACAUCUUGGAUCAUAGAUACCGGUGCUCUGAUACCAUGAUGAUUUUCAUCAACAUCAGCUGAUGUAAUUAGAGAGAAAAGAAAAUAGAGAAAAGUAAAUCUAAGUUUCUUUCUUUAAGUCAUGUUCAGUCAUCUUUACAACUUGCAGACAUUAUGACAAUGCCUUUGGCUGCUGAUCAACAUAGUUUCCUUUCUACUAAGAUUGGUCUGGUUACUCAACCUCCAGCCAGUCCAUCUUGAGGGGGGAGGUUGUUGAGAUUAUUAUUAUUAUUUUAUAUUAAUUUAAGAUUGAAUGUACAGCUAGCACUAGUUACUCACAGUUUGUUAGAAGGUUGUUACAACUUGUUGUAUAAAUAUGGUUCUUAUCUUGUCUGUUAACACAUAAUUUCAGUAAAUAAAAUCUGAGCUUCCUUCUUGCA